UGUUCCGUUAUCCAGUUAACAACGUUUGUGUUACAGGCUGCGGGCCUCCCGGGUGCUUCUUGUUGGCAUGAAAGGGCUCGGGGCUGAAAUUGCCAAGAAUCUCAUCCUGGCAGGAGUGAAAGGACUGACCAUGCUGGAUCACGAACAGGUAUCGCCAGAAGACCUUGGAGCUCAGUUCUUGAUCCGUACUGGGUCUCUUGGCCGAAACAGGGCCGAAGCCUGUUUGGAGCGAGCUCAGAAUCUCAACCCCAUGGUGGAAGUGAAGGUGGACACCGAGAAUAUAGAAAAGAAGCCCGAGUCAUUUUUCACUCAAUUUGAUGCUGUAUGUCUGACUUGCUGCUCCAGGGAUGUCAUAAUUAAAGUUGACCAGAUCUGUCACAAAAAUAGCAUCAAGUUCUUUACAGGAGAUGUUUUUGGCUACCACGGAUACACAUUUGCCAAUCUUGGAGAGCAUGAAUUUGUAGAGGAGAAGACCAAAGUUGCCAAGGUUAGCCAGGGAGUAGAAGAUGGCCCUGAUACCAAGAGAGCAAAACUGGAUUCAUCUGAGACAACUAUGGUCAAAAAGAAAGUGGUCUUCUGCUCCCUUAAAGAAGCACUGGAAGUGGACUGGAGCAGCGACAAAGCAAAGGCCGCUCUGAAGCGCACAACUUCGGAUUACUUUCUCCUUCAAGUGCUCCUGAAGUUCCGCACGGAUAAGGGAAGAGACCCUAGUUGUGAUACCUUUGGGGAAGAUUCUGAGCUGUUGCUCCAGAUUCGAAACGAUGUGCUUGACUCCCUGGGUGUUAAUCCUGACCUGCUUCCUGAAGACUUUGUCAGGUUCUGCUUCUCCGAGAUGGCUCCUGUGUGUGCAGUGGUUGGAGGGGUCUUGGCCCAGGAAAUCGUGAAGGCCCUGUCUCAAAGGGACCCACCUCACAACAACUUCUUCUUUUUCGAUGGCAUGAAGGGAAACGGGAUUGUGGAGUGCCUCGGCCCCAAGUGAACCCACGGCACGGCAGCCCUGCGAUGCCGACCCCCCAGCGUGCCCGCAUGCGUUCCCUGCCCUUCCUCCCACCAAGGCAUCUCGGCGAGAGAAGAGUGAAGUCAUUGGACCCACGCAAACCCUUUCCUGUGAACAAUGAGGCCGUGCAGAUGUGCUCCUUGCGAGCACCAACAGCUGCUGCACAUGAGGGGGCGGAGGGGCCGGCGGCCUCCCUCCCGCACCGCGCAGGACCGUUUGCCAGCUCCGCUGAGCGGGCAGCACCUGCAAGUGCCCUCCAGCGCCUCUCUGUCCUGGUGCCGUCACGGCAUCGCCACACCUCUGGGUACCGCCAGGGAUGCCUGCCAGGGACCGGCACACCUGGUUGCGUGGGAGCCUCUCGCCAGCUUCCUGGACUUCUUCUCCGCCCGAUGUCACUGCGGGGAGCAUGGCCUCGGGGGAAUGAGGCCCAGGCCCCAUGAAACACGAGUGGAACCGCAGUUCCAAAUGCAGACAGGUGCCCCGGGAGGAAAAACAUGGCAGGCGGGUGCAUUUCCUCCGGAGUUCGAAAUCCUGAAAAACAACAGGUGGCCUCUGGUGCGCGGUCCUGAGUGUUAGCGGAGGAUUAGUGAGUCCAGCCCGGGCUGCGGGACAGAGGAACCGGCACCGGGUCCUCUAGGGCAUUCGGGCGAGGCCUUGCCAGUUGAAUAUUAGGGCUGAAUAUUAGGAAAACUGUUCUAAAGGCCCCGCCCCCGGGGAUUCUGAUCUGUGGGGCCCCGCUGGGAGGGAGGAGCCUGUCCUGUUCACAGAGCCGUCUGUGCUGUGGCUGUGGCGCGCGAGCCUGUUGCAUUUAAGGGCUGUGUCGGUCCUUCCUUACCCCUGAAUGGCAGCUGUUUGUGUUUUGAUUUUUUUAUAUUUUCUAGAUUCCCAUGGUCCUUUAAGAAGGAAUGGUAGAAAUAAAGUUAUUUGCUUUAGGA